AGGUAACCUGAUUUUCAAAACAAACAUUUCUGAAUAUCGUGAUUCGUGUCUUGAUUUUUAGUUUUACGGCCAACUCGGCGGCGUAGAUAAUGGCCGCAUCUGAAAAACUUUGCUGCGUUCGGGGAUGCAGCAACUCUCGGCUCUCCAAACCCCAACCCGCGUUCCAAUGACAAAGCAUCCGGCAGCGGAAGCCCUGCUCCAGGGGUUCAGGCCUAACAGCACAGCAACCAGAUACACCUCACCUGACUCCAAUGACCUGGAACCGGAUGAGAACCAAUUUAACGGUCAAGGUGGCGCACCGCAGUCCAGCAUAUCUAGAGUCUUCAAAAGGCGAGUGGGCGGACAGGAGGACGCCGACACCGACCGGUCGGGACGCAGUACGGCAGUACGGCGAAAUCAGCAGGGAACAGUUCCGAAUCAUAGGGAGUAAUACUACCGACGCCAGUCCACCUGUGGCUCCGGAGAGCACACAGUACUGCCCUGCUGAUCCUGGCCGUCCUGGGACGCGGCGCCUGUGACGUCCCGACGAGACCUACGCGCACACUCCACCACAUCAGCGCCGCCGCCGCGCCGUGCAGAGAACGUGCCACUCUUUUUAACCAGGUGAGCCCCAUGUUUCCAACCAACAAGACAAACGAAAGAGACUGCAGGCUACACAAGUACUACUAUUGGAUAUCUAGCAGAACACAAGAAGAGUCUCAAGGCUGCAGGAGUGCACUUAAACAGCGGACGAUUUAUAAAUAGUUACGAAAAGAAGGUACUUAGUUCCAAAAGCUGCAGAACAAUGUUACGGGCUGUGACUCCAAUCUCAGGCGGUUGGUAAAGAACUUGUGCGGUAGUUUUCUAAUAGAAGGCAACUGAACUUUGGGACUAAAACUAAUUAAAAAAUAUUAUACUUUUCUCAGUGAACAUAAUAAAAAUGACCUUGAUCCAGGCAGCCUACGGACUGGGUCAGUUAGUAACUUCUUACCAAUCGCCUCAGUUAGGCCUCUCACUAAAGUCCAAGAAGCAGCGAGCAGGAGGGACCGAAAGUCAAUGAGUAAAUUUUUCACUCGACGACUAUUUAAGGCACAUCACACACUACCUGAAUCAGUACCUAAUUUUAGUCAAAUGGCACCUGUCUUUUUGUAUAAUACCGGUUAUUACAUCUACCCGGGGCCCAGGGCACUCUUUGUAGGAAGGCCGGUCAACGGUUGCUAUACCAUCCUAGUAAGCAUUCUUACAGAAGUUUUCCGUUAUACUUAAUAUCUAAUAAUACGUAACCCUUCGUAUGCCUUUGUUAAACAUUUGCUACUGAUUUAAUAACCUACUGAUAUGAAUGAAAAUUGUAAAUUACAGUCCAAAUUGUGUGGUACGUACUACCACGUACACGGGACAAGGCAUACGAAAUUUUAAGAGGAAAUAGGACAGCCGCUUCAAACAAACGUAGUCCCCAUUUUGCUCUCAGGAUAUUGACGUUAUGGAAAAUUAUUUUUACAUAAUUUAAUUUAUACUUAUUAUUCUUAUUAACUAUUAUUACUUAGCUAUGCCUCUACGUAUGACAUUUUUCUCUGCAGCUGACUGGUGGCAGACCCUCCAACGCGUUCGGUCCCUAUAAGCUAUAGCUCAAUAAAUUCAAAAAAUAAAACGAUGCGGCAUGUCUGUGAUUGAUAUGUACCUACUUGACAUCAAAUUGUGUAAAAAUAUUAUAAAUUAUAAAUUGAAAUAGAUGAUUUGUUAUGAAAGGUGAUUUUGCGCCGGUCGACUUUUCAAAUAGUUAUUGUUAACGAUCUUUUGAUAUUUUGUGAAAGGGUAACAGCCCAAAAUGUAAAAAAAAAAAAACAAAAAGUUCUCCCGUGGCGGGAAUUGAACCCAGGUCACAAGCGAACACUUUGCGUUGGGCCAAGCAUACAUAGAUCUGCUUGCUAGAUUAAGACCAAGAUAACUCUGCAGAGAUUUUCAUAGUAGUCGAUUAACAAAAUAUCUUUAAUAAUGUUAGUUAUAAAUUGAAAUAUAUGUCCAUCUAUCCAGAGAUAAAUCUAUCCUGUCAUCCACUUUUAUUCUAUAAAAAUGAACUACAUUCAUUUAACGUUUUUAGCAAAUCAAGAUAAAACAAUUUUUUAGUUUUAAAACAUUGUUAACGAUCUUCUGAUAUUUUGUGAAACGGAAAAGUAACGGAAAAAAUAAAAAUAAUAAUAAACAAAAAGUUCACCCUAGGUGGGAUUCGAACCCGGGGUCACAAUGCAUGCACACUUUAUGAAACCAUGUUCUAAACCUUAUUACAAAAAGCAUAAGGUCCACCGAUGGAUAGUUAAGAGUAUUGCUGUUUGUACCUAAGCCGGUUUUCUGAAAGGAGAAACUCAGCGCAAAAAGUAAAAAAAAAAACGAAAAAGUUGACCGAUGGCGGGAAUAGAACCCAAGUCACAAGCGAACACUUUGUGCUAAGUCAAACAUACCUAAGCUGCUAGCUAGAUUCAGACCAGACAUGCAAGUGUUAUAUUUUAAAUGUCAAACAGCUAUGAAAUUAUGACUUUAAAAUAACACUUUGCAAGUCUUUGCUUUGAAAAACACUGCAGCGUUACCUUGGUCUUACUCUGCCACCCUAGUUAGUAACCAUGCUAAAAGCAGUUUUCCAGAAUUAUUAGUCGAUUAAUGUCUACAAGGAAAAAUGACAAAUUAUAAUAAUGUAAAAAAAAACCGCCCAAGUGCAUGUCAGUAUCGCGCACGAAGGGUUCCGUUACUCAAAAACCCUAAAAACGGGAAAAAAUCACGUUUGUUGUAUGGGAGCCCCAUUUAAAUAUUUAUUAUAAUCUGUUUUUAGUAUUUGUUGUUAUAGCGGCAACAGAAAUACAUCAUGUGUGAAAAUUUCAACUGCCUAGCUAUCACGGUUCAUGAGGUACAGCCUGGUGACAGACAGACGAACAGACAGUCUCAGAUAACGGUUAAGUAUACUAUUCAGUUAUAUUAGUGUGACAGAGACAUUGGGCGUUUCGUUCGCUACGGAGUGUAAACGAUUUGCAACUUGGCUAAGCACCCAGCUUCCUCGCACAUCUCUGGUGGAAACGCAGCCUAAACCUGACAUUUUAAGCAUCGCCUUGGUUACAUUGAUUUAGAAAAUACGAUUCUCGACAUUUUUUUUCGGACUAUUCUCAGUUAGACUUUUAGUUUCAUUUUUGUACUUCGUUAUUGAUACAUUUAGUCUUUUAAAUUUCUUGACAAUAAUAGGUAUUUAGACAUUUUAGGCGUUAUCCGUUUUCCGUUCCACAUAAUAUCAGGACACUGUUACGUCCGUUACCAAUAUACUUUUUAAGAGGAAAGGUGUCGAAAAAAUAUUAAUCAUUGAAUAUUAUCGGCAAUUCAAGGCAAAUAUUUUUUUUUAUUUUAAAAUAUUGUAAACAAUCUUCUGAUAUUUUGUGAAACGGAAAAGUAACGGAAAAAAAUAAAAAUAAUACUAAACAAAAAGUUCACCCUAGGUGGGAUUCGAACCCGGGGUCACAAUGCGUGCACACUUUAUGAAACCAUGUUCUAAACCUUAUUACAAAAAGCAUAAGGUCCACCGAUGGAUAGUUAAGAGUAUUGCUGUUUCUACCUAAGCCGGUUGUCUGAAAGGAAAAAUUCAGCGCAAAAAGUAAAAAAAAAAAGGAAAAAAUUCACCGAUGGCGGGAAUAGAACCCAAGUCACAAGCGAAUACUUUGUGCUAAGUCAAACAUACCUAAGCUGCUUGCUAGAUUCAGACCAGACAUGCAAGUGUUAUAUUUUAAAUGUCAAACAGCUAUGACAUUAUGACUUUAAAAUAACACUUUGCAAGUCUUUGCUUUGAAAAACACUGCAACUAACGUUACCUUGGUCUUACUCUGCCACCCUAGUUAGUAAGCAUGCUAAAAGCAGUUUUCCGGAAUUAUUAGUCGAUUAAUGCCUAUAAGGAAAAAUUACGAAUUAUAAUAAUGUAAAAAAAAACCGCCCAAGUGCAUGUCAGUAUCGCGCACGAAGGGUUCCGUUACUCAAAAAACGGGAAAAAAACACGUUUGUUGUAUGGGAGCCCCAUUUAAAUAUUUAUUAUAAUCUGUUUUUAGUAUUUGUUGUUAUAGCGGCAACAGAAAUACAUCAUGUGUGAAAAUUUCAACUGCCUAGCUAUCACGGUUCAUGAGGUACAGCCUGGUGACAGACAGACGAACAGACAGUCUCAGAUAACGGUUAAGUAUACUAUUCAGUUAUAUUAGUGUGACAGAGACAUUGGGCGUUUCGUUCGCUACGGAGUGUAAACGAUUUGCAACUUGGCUAAGCACCCAGCUUCCUCGCACACCUCUGGUGGAAACGCAGCCUAAACCUGAGAUGUUAAGACAUCGCAUUGGUUACAUUGAUUUAGAAAAUACAAUUCUCGACAUUUUUUUUCGGACUAUUCACAGUUAGACUUAGUUUCAUUUUUGUACUUCGUUAUUGAUACUUUUAGUCUUUUAAAUUUUUUGACAAUAAUAGGUAUUUAGACAUUUUAGACGUUAUUAUUUUUAGUAAUUUUUCCUUACGACAAUAGUCGCCUAAUUCGUUUUCCGUUCCACAUAAUAUCAGGACACUGUUAUGUCCGUUACCAAUAUAUUUUUUAAGAGGAAAGGUGACGAAAAAAUAUUAAGCCUUGAAUAUUAUCGGCAAUACAAGGCAAUUUUUUUUUUUAAUUUUAAAAUAUUGUUAACAAUCUUCUGAUAUUUUGUGAAACGGAAAAGUAACGGAAAAAAAUAAAAAUAUAAAUAAACAAAAAGUUCGCCCUAGGUGGGAUUCGAACCCGGGGUCACAAUGCGUGCACACUUUAUGCAACCAUGUUCUAAACCUUAUUACAAAAAGCAUAAGGUCCACCGAUGGAUAGUUAAGAGUAUUGCUGUUUGUACCUAAGCCAAUACUGCUACCGGCUGUGGUGCCGGUAGACAGGUAGAAUAACGUUUUUCGAUUUUGUGAUGUUGGCUGUAGUAGACCCUCAGAUAUUAUUCGCGCGCCAAAAGUCUAGCUGUAAAUUACAUUACGACUGUUACGAGUAAUAAAAGCCCGAUAUAAGUCGGUCAUAAAAUAAAAAAAUAAAUUGUUUAUUUCCGAAAAAUAUUUCUUGGAUACAGUUAUAACAAAGCAUACUAAAGCAAUUCACAUACCUUACUUAUUGUGUACCUACUUAACUGACGGAAGGGGCGCAGCUAUACGUUAUAGUUAUCGACAGUGAUAUCAGCAUUUCACUUCUACUCUACGUAUUGUUUACGUAUUAAGCGUCGGGCGAUACGUAUUAAUUAUGUGAAACUAGACGAGUUUAUUUUCGAAUAGAGAUUGAAAUAAAUCUAAUUAUUUUACUACAAAUAGGUGUACCUAAGUAUAGUAUGUCAAAGGACUUAAUAUAUAUUAACAUGAAAGGUAUUGAAAUCUGUAAUUUUAUAGUUUGGUAAACAAGUAAUUGUCAGUAAAAAACUGUUACGAAAAAGAGAGUACUGAGCUAUAACCGCGAAAAUGAAAAGUUCGCAAAUGGCGGGGAUCUUUCUCUUUUACUCCAAUGAAGGCAUAUAAUUUUUCAUUGCAGUAAAAGAGAAAGAUCCCCGCAAUUUGCGAAUUUCGGUUUUUGCGAUAGCCUCUCUGUUCUUUCUGCUUAAAAUGCUCCACUGAAAAACGACUCUUCCCAAACUAUAGAUUAAGUACAGGUAAGUAGUUUACCUAGUUUAUUUAAAAUUAGCAAAUACCUAAGUUAACAAUGUAACGUUAGGUAUAUGGUCUGGCAAACCAAAUUUGUUAGAAGAAAAGGCAGCAAAUUGAAAAAAAAUUGGCGGGAAAAUUCUAUCUCCCAUAUGAAAUUUGAAUUUCGCAACUAAAUGCUUGGUUUGCCAGGCGAUAUUAGAUAUGUACCUGUAUUUGGAUACAUGUGGCCACUACAUGUGUGUAAGUGGGUGAAUCAACUUGUUUUACCACUCAUUGCCAUAGUUAUGGUUUUCUGAACUACAAAACAAUGGGUACUCAUCCCUUUCUUUUGGGUGCUAGUAUCAGCGUAACACUACAAAGACUCUUUCUGAAAGAUUAUUUGUCUAAAGUGUAAUUCUAUGGAACUUGCUAACUACUUAUGUAAACAAAAGUCAGAAGUAAGUUCAUCAUUCAGAGGCAAUUUCAAUAUGUUUACGUAGUUGUAUGUUUACAUAGUUAGCAAGUUCCAUAGAAUGACACUUUAUGUUUGAUAUGAGACAGUCCCUGGACACAAUAGGGCUUAUUACACUUAUCCUGCCUUCAGACGGUUAACGAUGAGCCGCGACGUCGGCCCCGAUAUCGGGCAAGGAUCGUUUUACGUUUCAUGUGGUUUCAUGAAAUAUUGUCACAUCGUUCACAAUAUUUCUUGGUGUAAAAAAUAAUUCAACUACAAAAAUAUCAACCAUGAUUGCCAAUUCGAGACAAAGUAUAUGUUACAUGUCAAAUAUUGUUGACGAUGCUCUUAUAUUUCGUGAAAUGCAAAACGAUCUUGCUCGGGCGCACCGUCGGCCACGAUCGUAUUAAGGCCCGACGGUGUGGAAGUGUAAUAAGCGCUUAUAAUGUACAUAACGUCAAGGAAUAGUUGAUCCACCCAUUUUUUUUUACUAGUUGUGACGUGGCUUCGCCAGUCUCCUUUGUGUCUUUUGAGAGUGUGUGGUACAUGUAUGGUAACGAAUAUUGUCAGCUAGAGGUCGGUUCUGUAACUUCCAACAACUUCUGUAAACAGGAUUGACGUCCGUACAAACAUAGCUAACGUAAUGUUACAUUUUAAGUAAAAAUUAAGGAUGACUCACGCUAGACCGCGCGGGAUCCGAGCCGAGGCGUUCGACACGUAAUUUUCUAUGACGGCUGAUCGGUGUUCACGUGGUGCUUUCCAUAUAAAACGAAGCGCUGGAGCUCCGGCUCGGUCUCAGCCCUGUCUAAUAGCGUGAGUCAUCCUUUAUGGUGAUCUCCUUAAUAGAAAUAGAAGGGCUAAAUCUAUCCUGUCACAAGUGUAACAGGAUAAUUUCUGCUGUGAGAGACAGCUCUUAGUAGCAAGUUAGCAGAAAGUAUCCGGUAGCAGAAAAGGUAUAAUCCUUAGCCAGAAGAUUCCUCCGACGAUCUCACUCCUCACAUUUUUUUUAGACAGAAUAGCAUAAUCUAGUUAUUUAUUUGUGACUAUAUCCUAGAGCCUCAGCGCCCGUUUUUGUACCCGUUUACUAUCUGUGAAUUAUGUAGAAUAUUGUAAAAUAUAGGUAGUAGGCAAUAUAAACUGACUACCUGAUAAUUAUAGAUUUUUUUUUAUAAUCAGG